GUGCAGUGAAGUGUGCACGCUUACGCUUGUGUCUUGACCUACGGUAGUUCUUAAAUCUAGACGCUUUUCCAACAAAAAAGCAACAAGUGCAUCCCUGAAGCGUGUUCUGUCAUAUUCUAUUAAAAGCUGCUGGUAUAAGGAUUCCAUCGACUGAUCAACCAAAAAAAAAAAAAACAAACCACGAUGGACUCUGAAGAAUUCCGGCAGCGAGGUCGCGAGAUGGUGGACUACAUCGCCGGCUACCUGGACAACAUCGACGAGCGGCGCGUGACGCCUAAGAUAGAGCCGGGGUAUCUGCGCCCCCUGCUGCCCGACGCCGCCCCCCAAGACGGCGAGAGCUGGGACGAUAUCAUGGCUGACAUCGAGACUAAGAUCAUGCCCGGGGUCACGCACUGGCAGCACCCUCGGUUCCACGCAUAUUUCCCCUCUGGCAACUCGUAUCCUAGCAUCCUGGGGGACAUGCUGAGCGACGCCAUCGGCUGCAUAGGAUUCUCGUGGGCGGCGUCCCCAGCCUGCACGGAGCUCGAGACCAUCGUGCUCGACUGGCUGGGACAAAUGGUGGGGCUACCAGAGUCCUUCUUAGCCUUCCCCAAGACCAGCAAAGGAGGUGGAGUCAUCCAGAGUUCAGCAUCAGAGUGCGUGUUCGUGACGCUGCUGGCAGCACGUGCCCACAAGAUACGUGAGCUCAAGAUAAGUCAUCCUGAAGAAGAGGAAGGAGUGUUGCUGUCUAAGCUGAUCGCUUAUUGCAGUAAAGAAGCUCACUCGUGCGUCGAGAAGGCCGCUAUGAUGGCCUUCACCAAACUCAGGAUUUUGGAACCUGACGAGAACCAAAGUCUGAGAGGAGACGCUCUUGCCGAGCAAAUCGCCCGUGACAAGGAGAUGGGCUUCAUCCCAUUCUACGUGGAGACGACGCUGGGUACAACCUCCUGCUGCUCAUACGACAACAUCCAGGAAAUUGGCCCGGUAUGCGAGCAGCACGGCGUAUGGCUGCACGUGGACGGAGCGUACGCUGGCAACUCCUUCAUCUGCCCUGAGCUACGGGGGCCCAUGGCGGGCAUUGAGUACGCAUCUUCGUUCAACUUCAACACCAACAAGUUUAUGCUCACCAACUUUGAUUGCUCAGUUAUGUGGGUGCAGGAUCGGUUUCGCUUGACCCAGGCGCUGGUGGUUGACCCACUUUACCUUCAACACUCAUACUCCGAGCAGUCCAUCGACUACAGGAUGUGUAUAAGAGACAGCUUCGAGUCCUUCGUGCUGCAGGAUGAACGUUUCGAAGUGUGCAGUCCUGUUCACCUGGGCCUCGUCUGCUUCAGGCUGAACGGUUCGAAUGAAGUCAACCAGAAGCUGCUGUCGUCUAUCAACGCGUCAGGCAGGCUGCACAUGGUUCCCGCGUCACUGGGGGAGAAAUACGUUAUACGCUUCUGUGUGUGCGCACAGAACGCUACGGAUGACGACAUCGAACACGCGUGGAACGUCAUAACCGAGUUCGCGACAGACCUCAAGGAGAUCAUGGCUCAGGACGCCGUCAAUGACGUGGGCACCAAGACUGAGGCUGUGAACACCGAGGAAGUCUUCCACAUGGUGGACAGACAGACCAGGCGCAGCCUGCGCUACAAGAGGUCGUGCUUCGUCAGGAUGGUAUCAGACCCCAAACUCUACAACCCAAAAAUCAACCCCAGCCCUACAGGUUCAGUGAGAUCGCGGCACCCCACCGUCGAGCACGAGGUUAACGGACACGCAUCCUCAGGCAUCCCUAUCGACAGCGAUGACACACUCAGGCAUCCCAUAUCUCAAGCGUCGAUGGAGAGCCUUCGCAACGAAUUCCUCUCAUCCAGCCCAUCUUCCCCAUUAUCACCCUCAGCGUUCCCUUGGUCCCCUCUCUCCCCAUUAGCGCUCAAUUCGUUCCCAUCGUCACCCUCGCGGUUCCUCCCGCGCACCAAAAGCGAUGUUGCUGAUAAAAUGACCAUGUGCAACCUCAUCGAUGUUCAGAAGUUGAACCAGGAAAACAAGGCCAUUUAAACGCUCGGGCAUUACGGGCAUUUAAACGCAUAGGCAAUACGGUCAUUUAGACUUACAAAUAUAAAAGCCAUAUGGACGUAAAAACAGCAAGACCUUUUAUAAGCAAAAAUAUAAAGGCCAUUUAGAAGUAAAAACAUAAAAUUUUUAUGGAAAAAUAUGAAGGCCAUUUAUACGUAAAAACAGUAAGAUAUUAAUAUCGUAUAUAUAAAGGUCAUUUAGACGUUAAAAUAAGGCCAUUUAUUCCUAAAAAAUUAAAAGGGGCCAUUUAUUUAAAUACCAAAUUUAGAUGAAAAAUAUUUUGCCGUAUCAAUCGAACUAAAUGAGUAGUCAAGGUUGAGACAUGUUUAGCGUGAGUAUUCAUUUUUUAAGCUCUGUAUCAAAAGCUGAUAUGAAUUAAUGCUAUAUUUUUUACUGUUUAUUCAACUAUAAAAUUUAGAUUAUCAAGUUAAUUUAUCGACUUUUAACUUGCCAUAGCUUUUUUUUGCCAGAGAACUAGCAAUUUUAUUCGACAAACAUUUAACUAUUGAAUAUGAAAUUUCAAGGUGAGUUUUUUUCAUAAAUUUCAUCAUAGA